GAGUGGAACCCUCCCAUUGGCCAAGGAGCCCGGCCUUGGGGUUAUAACUUGCUCACACCUGGUGCUUGAGGAUUCCACUACUGUCUCCAGUCAUGGGAGUCCUGGCCUGCUUGCCAGUGCUGUGCAUAGUGGUUGGGGCCAGAGCUGUCUCCCAGCCUCCUAGCACAGAGUUUGUGAGAGGAGGAGCAGAGGACCCAGGGCCUGAGCCUCUCCAGCAGGAACAGGUGGCCUUUGGCAGUGGGGACACCAUGGAGCUGAUCUGCUCUCUGCCUGGAGGUGUCUCCACAGGCUGCACUGUCUGGUCUAAGGAUGGCACAAGGCUGGUAGCCUCCUACCGCAUCCUAGUGGGACCCCAGAGGCUACAAGUGCUGAAUGCCUCCCAUGAGGAUGCCGGGGUCUACAUCUGUCAUCAGCAGCUCACUUGGGGUAUGAUGUGCCAUUUCACAGUGCGUGUGACAGGGCCCCCUUACUGGACUCGACCAGACUGUAUGGAUAUGAAACUGCUGGCUGUGCCAGCCACCAGUACUGUACGCUUCCGUUGUGUAGCUGCUGGCAACCCCACCCCAUCAAUCUCCUGGCUGAAGAAUGGCAAGGGAUUCCAAGGGGAGCAUCGCAUAGGGGGCAUCAAGCUUAGGCACCAGCAUUGGAGCCUGGUCAUGGAGAGUGUGGUGCCUUCUGAUAGUGGCAACUAUACCUGCGUGGUGCAGAACAAGUUUGGCAGCAUUCAGCAGACUUACACACUGGAUGUGCUGGAGCGCUUCCCACAUCGGCCCAUCCUGCAUGCUGGGCUGCCAUCGAACCAGACAGCCAUUCUAGGCAGUGAUGUAGAGUUCUACUGCAAGGUAUAUAGUGAUGCCCAACCACACAUCCAGUGGCUGAAGCAUGUUGAAGUGAAUGGCAGCAAGAUGGGCUCUGAUGGCACACCGUACGUCACUGUACUCAAG